AUGGAUACAAAUAUAAAGAUAAGUGCUAUAGAUUCAGGCAGAGAGAGUGAUAGAGGUGCAAUAGGCUGCCAGUGCGAAUUAGGCCGCGAGAAACUAUUGACAGCACCGCCUUAUGUACGUGGAUGCUCAGUUCAGGGAGAUGACGCCAGAUCCCGAUAUUCUACUGCCCCAUGUGCAAGAGACUUUGAGCAGUACAAAUGCCCCGUCAGCCACACUUUGGUCACCUUCAAAUCGCCAAUGCAUCCAAACGAAGUGUUCAGCAAGGUUUUCCCGACUAAUACGCCUAUAAAAUUCGUGAAGCGCAAACUAGCUAAGCUUCUAUCAGUGUCGAAUAGUAAUUUGCUCCUAACGUUGAAUCGUGCUGUGCUCAAAGAGAACAGUUUGCUGUCGGAUCUAAAGCCCGAUCCUCUAGGAAAUUUGACAAUCGAUGUUUAUACGAAGGAUUCCGAAGAGAUCACACUAUCAGCCAUACCGAAAGAAAGCUACGUUCACGAACUACUUCAUUCGAUUUUACCGAAGAAAAAGACUUUGCCCUUCAUCGCGAUAAAGUUUAGGAUACGCAAUCAAAUGACCACUUUUACCCGCUCGUACCACUCUAUCAUCAAGAUCCACGAGAUUAAGAAGAAUUUGGGCGGUCUGUUUCAAGUCGACCAUGAAAAUCUCGUGUUGCUGCGCGGUGAGAAUGUAUUAAAGGACCGCAUGGCACUAUUGGAUCUUGAUUAUGACAAAUUUGGUAUAGUUGAAGUGGAACUGUUGACAAAAGACAAUAGAAAGUUGGAUUUGGAUAAGCUGUACAAAGAAGUGCCUUCAAACGACGUGUUAGCCGUCACUGUACCUUUUGGCAGUACAUUAAAGCAAAUAAAUGUGGAAAUAUUUUCCGAACCAAUUGCAAAACCGUUUUUAGGUGGCUACAAGAAUGUGCACACAGGUCUCAUCUACCAUCAUGCAUUCACACAAACCCCUCAAAAACCUGAAAAAGUACCCCCCGAGAACAAAAACUGCAGGGAUACUCAAACUGCUGAGGAAGUGGAAAAAAUAGUUGACUCCAGUUACAGUCGAGCAACGCAAAUGAACACGGAACAGAUUUAUAUUCCCAAUGUUACCGACAAGAUCGUAAUUCCAAAGCAAUACGAAACAUACGAAGAGAUGGUGAAACGACUCAAUCAUAACCACUACGCUUCUAUCAUUCAACGCGCCUUCAGACAUUUUCAGUUCCGACAAAAAGUACACAAAUGGCUGCAAGACUGCAAAGAAAGAAUAAAUAGAAUGAUGGAAGAAGAGAAGCAAGAACGUGAAGUCCUGGAAAAGCGUUUGCGUAAAGAUCUUAUUACGAAAACAUUUCCUAGAACACGAGAAGACUUUGACCAGCUCUAUGCUAUGGUUGAUCGCUGGAAACAGGCAGAAAUAGCAAGAAUUUCAAGAUUGCACUCAAAAGGUCCCAAAAUUGCGGAAUUUUCGCUGCUUUUGGACAAGGAGGUUGAACUGCUACGUUGCAUUGAAGGGUACAGAGUAAAAGUAAAAGAAGACAGUCGCAAGAUAAAGGAGAAACAAUUUCUAGAGGAAAUUUCAAAACCUAUUGCUUGGUUUGGACAAGACGGUAAACUUAUUACAAUGGAAACUAUAGAAAUACAAAAAGCAAGAAAGUUGAAAGAGCUGUACAAUUCCUUCGUCCGUGACGAUAUGGAAGUAAACGAAAGGAUCGAGCUGCUUGUCGAUAUGAAGUUUGCUCUUCAAGAGUUUCCACAUCACUUGACCGACGAGAUAAUAGCUCUCUUGGACCGUGAAUGCGACCUCCUAAUCAGGCGUUGUGACGAUCACCAGCUCGAAUUUUUAAGACGACGAGUCGCAGCGUGCGUAUUGCAACUGAUCAAAACGUCCGAACUAAACUCCGAUGUCACUCGGGGCAAGGAGAUUCGCGACUAUCAGAAGAUGGAGAACGGGACGCUGCACUUUUGCGAAAUGUGCCACCAGGUCAAACUGCACACGGAGUUCCCUUUGAACGCGAAAAUGAGCGGUUUCCUAGUCUGCAUGUCGUGCUCUUGGAAGGACGUGACGGAAAAGUGCUGGAUCGACAUGGCCCCGUACAGGUUUAUACUGAGGGCCGUUCAGCGCGACGAGCGCCGUAGGAAAUGUUGGGGAUCCUUAGCGUUCGUUCUGCAGGAGAAGGACGUAUUUUUCAUAGUGGAGAAGCUGUGGCACUCGCGUUCCGCUGUAAGCGAGUGCACCGACAUGUCGGAUCUGAGACUGUGCCGUUGGCGCGUCAACGAGGACUGGUCGCCGUGGAACUGUUUCCUGGUCACCGUCGACGAGAUGAGGGCCCAUCUGAAGCUGGACGAUCCGGAGAGCGUAUACGACGAGGAGCUAGUGCAGAAGGUCCGAAAUAAGCACAAACUGGCGCACGCCAAUUUCGUCCAGUUGCUCUCGAUCAACAAACGCUUCACGGAAAGCGGCGAUUGGCAAGCGGUUCGUGCGCCGGCGACCGCCCACGUGGACGCGGUGAGACGCGUUACUGAUGCGUUAGAG